GUAUGCCACAAAACCCAAACAAGUAUUGUGCACAGUUGCUAGCUAAAGAAGCGCAGGGAAUAAUAGAGACGGGCCUUGUGUUUGAGGAAACUGUUCAAUUACACGCGUUAAAGGUGGUAUCUGAACAUAACAGUUGGUUCUUCUGUCAGUUUUUAUCUGACGUGACUGAAGUGAUACGGAUUUAUUUCGGGAUUGUGAUAAAAUCAGACUAAAAAGGGAGAAGAGGUUGGUUUGAUGCUGGUGACAUUAAGGUUUAAGGCGCUAUGAGUGCGGAGGUGGAUGCGCUGACUGUGGUGAACCAGCUCAGAGAUCUCGCUGCAGACCCCCUAAACCGGAGAGCUAUAGUCGAGGACCAGGGCUGUCUGCCAGGUCUCAUCCUUUUCUUCGACCAUCCAAACCCACAGGUCGUCUACUCUGCUCUGUUGGCCGUGCGAUACCUGGCAGAAUGUCGAGCCAACAGGGAGAAGCUGAAGAGCGAGCUGGGCAUGAUGCUGAGUUUGCAGAACGUCAUGCAGAAGAGUACGUCGCCGGGGGAGACCAAACUGCUGGCCUCUGAGAUCUACGAGAUCUUGCAGUCGGCCGGUAAAGAGGAAGCGGAACAGGCCGAGGCGGCGGCCGCCUCCUGCCGGCGCAAAGCCCACUUCUUCCUGGGCUCCAACAACAAGAGAGCCAAAACCAUCGUGCUCCACAUCGACGGACUGGACGACUCUACUCGAAGGAGCCUGUGUGAAGAGGCUUUGCUGAAGAUUCGAGGAGUCAUCAGCUUCACGUUUCAGAUGGCUGUGAAGCGAUGUGUCGUCAGGAUCCGCUCUGACCUCAAAGCCGAGGCGCUGGGGACAGCGAUUAACUCCACCAAAGUCCUGACAGCUCAGCAGGUGUUGAAGACGGAGGACGGAGAGCUGAUGGUACCAUUCCAGGAGGACUCUGCGGUUCUGGUCGAGGAGAACACGGACAUCCCCGACUACCUGCCAGAGGACGAGAGCCCGUCCCAGGAGCAGGACAAGGCCGUCACGCGUGUAGGAUCCAUCACAGACGGCACGGGCUGGCUCAGCACAGCCGCCAACUUCCUGUCGCGCUCUUUCUACUGGUGACAGCUUCCUGUUUCUCCCUCUCUGACCCCUCCAGAGCGUAUUCCACCCAGCACGAAGCCGCGCAUCAGUAGGUUAGACUCCCCCGUCGACGGCCACGUGUGUGCAACAAGUGCAGGACUGCCAAGUGAAACAUGCAAUAACAUAAACAUGUAUAUAGUGGCUGCAUGUGCACACUAGAACAGCUUAACCUCAUAGCCAAAGGACCGUCUAUCACACAACCAAAUAGCUUUUCUGGAAACGACUGGAACAAAAAUUCAGGCGGAUUUUACACUCGCAAAAAAAAUUGGGAUUUUUUUUUCUCGUAUUUGUUCUUCAUCCUUUAAUUUUCUAACUGCGUCACUUUUACCAUCCUUUAAUUUGAGCUUCUUAUUUUUUUUUGCCAGUCUUGCCUGAUCCCUCUCUGUGAUUAUUAGGUGUGCCUUUUUGGUUCUGUUUGAUCUGAUUUGAUUGUAAUUAUUUAUUUUUCAUUCAUUCGUGUGAUUUGAAGGCUUGUUGGACUUUGAGAAGGAGGUCGGUUCAGUAGAAAUAAUGGCGACAACCGCUGGAUCAGAGUUUGUGUGUUGUUGAUUUUGUCUCCCCCCCCCCCCCCCCCAAAAAAAAGGAAAACAAACACAAAAAAAAGCGUUUGUGGUUCUAAUGAAUUCAUUUUUUGCGUUUGGGCCACCUCUGCUUUCAUCCUCAUAGAUAACACCACAGGCCGUUCGCUGCCUGCUUGUCGGAUAUUUUCUUAAAUUCCUCUAAAUUUUUUGCAGUAUUCAGUUUUCGUCUCCGUUUAUCCAUCAGUGUCCUUAAAGCGGCGAUCACGUUGGUGCACGCUCACACGAACUCUCAGAGGACUCGCACGAAAAAAAGAACAGCGAUGUACAUUUUGUAAAUGGUGCCUCGAAUCCUGAAAUCUCAGCCCUAAUAUGAAGGAUUUUGUUUUUAGUCGUAAUGGUUCUCGGAUCUUUUAGGACUGGAGAUUUUUCUCCGGGUUUAAGGAUCUCAGCCUGUUCCCGUUUGAACCCUUUCAGGUGUUGCAUCUAGUUCAUGUCAGUGCAGUCUGAACUGAAGGAGGCCAUCCUAUAAAAAGCAAUAAUAAUAAUAUUUAAAUAUUUUUUGAUCCUUCUUAGGUCAGCGACGGCGUUAAUAACAAAGGGUCAUCAGUAUUUCUACAUCCUGUUAGUUCUGCAGCUAUAGCCUCUGUUGCAUGUCUUCUUUUCUAUUUGGCUCACGUUGUAAAAAAAACGUAAAAAUGGUUAAUUAUGAAGCUGUAAUUUUGUGUUGAUGGUCAUUUAUCACAGCUGUCCUCACAAAUGUGUCUCCCGGUGUACAUAGAUAACGUGUGCAGAUCUUAAAACUGUAGAUUUCACUACACUGUUAAUGCUAAUAAUUCAUAAAUGUAAAGAAGAAAUCAGUGCAAUGCAUGUUGUCUCUUUCAUUUUUAUUAAACGUGAAAUUUCUAAGCUUUGA